CUCCAUUUUUACCAGCAGCUGUCCCCUGGCAUGUCAAUGGGAGCGUCACAGCCGUGCAUUCAGGGGUUCAGACGGUGAUCCGCUGUUGCUGCAGUGUGCACGUUGAAGCCUCACCCUCACCCUCACUGUCUGACCAUCCAGGACCCCUGCCUGCAGCCCCUCCAAGCAUGGCGGACCAGUACCAGUACAACACCAACGAGGAGAAGAUCGUGAAGGACAGCCACACCAAGGAGAUUGAUCUCAUCAACAGAGACCCCAAGCACAUCAAUGAAGACGUGGUGAAGGUGGAGUUUGAGGACGUGAUAGCGGAGCCCGACGGUACCCACAGCCUGGAUGGCGUCUGGAAGCUGAGCUACACCACCUUCACCGUGUCCAAGUACUGGUGCUACCGCAUCCUGUCGGCCAUCUUCGGCAUCCCCGUGGCUCUGCUGUGGGGCUUCCUGUUCGCCUGCAUCUCCUUCUGCCACAUCUGGGCGGUGGUCCCCUGCAUCAAGAGCUGCCUCAUCGAGUCGCAGUGCGUCAGCCGCAUCUACUCGCUCUGCAUUCAGACCUUCUGCGAUCCUUUCUUCGAAGCCCUGGGCAAGAUUUUCAGCAACGUGCGCGUGGCACUGCGCAAGGAAGUCUAAAAACUCACUGCUGUUAACUGGUAUCGUCGGAUGAGCUCUGGUAUCUUUUUCUACAACAAAUGUUCCACUUGGCGCCUCGCUUGCUCCUCGCCAUGCUCCUGUCCUCAAGCAGCCUCGUGAUAUUAGCAGGAUUUGAUACAAAAAGUUCACUUGCUGAUGUUGAUUUUCAAUGAAUGGACUUAAAGGAAAUAAUACGCCUUUACCCCAGGGGGUGUUGGAAGUCUGAUCAUUUCUGAUUUAUGGCAGGGGUGCCCAAGUGCAGCCCGGGGGGUCAUUUCUGUUUUUUUUUUUUUAUUGGCCUAAGGCACAUUCUGAAAAUAUAAUUUAACAACAAAAAAAAACUGCAUAAAUAGAAAAAUCUGCAGUAAUUUUACAAGAAUAAAGUACAAAUAUUAAAAGGAAAAUGUUGAAAAAUGAAAUAUAAUAUGAAAUAUCUACAAGAAAAAAAGAUUUUUCAAAUCGUAAUAUUAUGGGAAACAAAUUUUGGAAAAUUAGGUGGAGGAAAAAGUUCGAAUUCCUGUAAAUAUCUGACUUUAUUCUUCAAAUUAUACACAUACACAUUAAAAAUUUAUAAUCUGAGAUUUCGAGAAUAAAAUCCAAAAUUUACGAGAAUAAAUUCGUAAAUUUAUGAGAAUAAAGUCGUAAAUUUACAAGAAAAAAAAGUCCUAAACGUAUAUAAAACGUAUAUAACGUAAACUUAUUCUCGGGUGUUUAUGACUUUAUUCUUGAAAUUAUUAAUAUACAUAAAAAUAUAAUAAUCUGAGAUUUUGAGAAUAAAGUCGUAAAAGCAUGACAAAAAAGUUAUAAAUUUUCGACUUUAUUCUUGUAAAUUUACAACUUUUAAAAAUGUACCUUAAUAAAGUUAUACAUUUACAUUUCGUAAAUUUUUUAAAAGUCGUAAAUUUACGGGAAAAAAGUAGUAAAUUUGCAACAAAAUUUACGAGAAUAAAUUCAUACAUUUAGUAGAAAAAAGUCAUAAAUUUAUGAGAAAAAAGUUGUAUAUUUACGAGAAUAAAGUCGUAAACAUACGAGAAAAAAAAUCUUACAUUUAGGACUUUAUUUUUCUAAAUUUCUGACUUUUUUACAUUUAUGAGAAUAAAAUCGUAAAUUUACAAGUUGUAAAUUUGCAGCUUUAUUCUCGUACAUUUUGAAAAGUCAUAAAUUUGCAACUUUUGUAAAUGUACGAGAAUAAAGUCAUACAUUUAGGAGAAAAAAGCCACAAAUUUACGAAAAAAAAGGUUGGAAAUUUGCAACUUGUUUAAAUUUACGAUAAUAAAGUCAUAAAUUUAGAAGCAAAAAGUCGUAAAUUUACUAGAAAAAAGUCAUAAAUUUGCAACUUUUACAAAUUUACAAGAAUAAAGUCGUAAAUUUACAAGAAAAAAGUUGUACAUUUUCAACUUUUUUAAACUUACGAGAAUAAAGUUGUAAAUUUCCGAGACAUGAAGUCAUACAUUUACAACUUUAGUCUCAAGAAUAAAGUCGUAAAUUUGCGACUUCUUUAAAUUUACAAUUUCAUCCUCGAAAUCUCAGAUUAUUUUUUCAACGUGGCCGUAAUACUCCGUUGUAAAAAAGACAGUUGAAAUAUUUGAAAAAAAACAACAGCAAAAAUGGGAAAAAAAGAGCAAAGAGUGAAGUUGAUAUUAAUAACAGGCUUUUUCACCGAUACGACAAAGCUCAGAUGCAGUUUUUUCUUGAACAUACACGCUAACUUGCCAUCAUAUCUCCAUUUGUUGCUAUACAAACUAUCAAAGUGGCAAAGUUGCAUGCUUCUUUUUCACGAUGUGGCCCUCGCUGGGAAAAGUUUGGACACCACUGAUUCACGGUUAGGCGCAGCAGCGUGAAACAUAAAACAUUUCCAAAAGAAACCUGCUAAGCUAACUUCAGUAAUGUUAAAAGCAAAGAAAUAGUUUUUUUCUUAGUUCCUACUGCAAGAGAGUAAAGAGAGUCUGGGCUGAGAAGAAAACUCCACAAAAUAUGUGGCGGAAAAAUCCGUUUUUUGGGGGGAUUAGGAGGGGACCCAGGGAAAGCUCACUAAGCCACACUUUGAAAACCGCAGAAAAUCCCUCAAUGCUUAGAAAUAACCAGGAAAAAAAAAUAUAAAAAAGCUUUUUGAACAUACGAGGCAAUAUUUUGCUGCUCUUUCACUGGACGGUGAGGAUUAACAUUUUUUUUUUAACUUUUCUGCACGGUAUCCUGCUGACAGGUGGUUUACAUCUUGAUUACAGUCCUCCCUCGCUAUUCAAAAUAUAAUUAAUUUGAAAAUGAUGGCUGUUUGUGGCCUAUUGUUAGUCCAAAAAUAUGGAAAGACAAGUUCAAUGUAGUAUUGUGGUCACCAGGCAUCAGUGAUGUCAUGUGACUUGAGGUUGGAUUACAUUACCUUUCACACUGCAUGGAGACUGGCUACUGAGCCUCUCAUUCUGUGUGGAAGUGGUACGUUUUUGGCUUCUUUGCGCUUCUUCCCCUUUCCGUUUGAAACACUUUCUGAAGUGUAGAACAUGUAAAUUGGAGAGGCUAAGGCUAAGUGUGAAGAAAUUGACUAGUCACAGCCAGGUCUGGGACCAAUUAAGCGUGAUAGACGAGGGACGACUGUACGGCGUCAUAACUGAGAACUGCUAAAAGCGGUGUCGUGUUGCGCGACGGACGCGUUUUGGAGCCCAAAACAAUUGAAGGCAUGACCCAACAAGAGCGCUGUUGUUGUUUUGUGUGUGUGCUGUGUCUUCCAUCACUCUCGCUUCUCCUUCCUGUCUUGUCAGCGUUGUUUCUGUGACUACAUCGCCGUCUACUGGCCUGGCAUGCAUAUUGCAGCAGUGUUUUUCUUGCAGCUUUUAUGACGUCAUUGUGGUAUAUACUGUAAAUGGCCCGCUGAGCCUCCGUGACAGCUGCUCCUCUGACGGCUCCGCCACCCUCACGGCCCUCCUCGUCGCCAGCUGGAAAGGAAAACGAUGAGGUGUCGCCCCUCCUUUCUCUUCAUCACAGAUUGGAACACUUUUUUUUUUUUACUUGACACUUUUUGGAGCUGUAGUAAACACCACUUCCACUAAUAAAGUGAGACGGGGGAUAAAAACCACUGACGUGUACAAUCCAGUACAGCAAGCAGCUGCAGUGAAGGGCAGUGCUGAAGCAUCCCUGCGGGUUUGGCUUGUCUAAUGCAGCACGUGUAUGAUGAUUAAACGCAUACA